CACCGCUGUCCGCGCGCUCUGGCACAACAGUCAUCUGGGAAGAGGCAGUACACCGUACAGUCUACAAUUCGAAUUCGAAUCGCAGAGAUUUAUACCCACUGUAUCCAUAAGACGCGCGGAUAUUUAACGUUUCCGUCGUCAUCAUGGCUAACCCAGCGGUGCAAGCGUACAGCACUGAGGAGGAUGCCGGGGGCGCGCGAGGUUUCGCCAGGAAGGGCGCUUUGAAGCAGAAAAAAGUGCUCGAAGUGAAGAACCACAAGUUCAUCGCGCGCUUCUUCAAGCAGCCGACCUUCUGCAGCCACUGCACCGACUUCAUCUGGGGUUUCGGCAAGCAGGGCUUCCAGUGUCAAGUGUGCUGUUUUGUGGUCCACAAACGCUGCCAUGAGUUUGUUGCUUUCUCCUGCCCAGGGGCUGACAAGGGCCCUGCAUCAGAAAACCCAUGCAGUAAUCAUAAGUUUAAGGUACACACAUACUCCAGCCCUACAUUCUGUGACCACUGUGGAUCUUUCCUGUAUGGGCUUGUACAACAAGGGAUGAAAUGCGACAAUUGUAUGAUGAAUAUUCAUAAACGAUGUGUGGAAAAUGUUCCCAGUCUGUGUGGAACAGACCACACAGAGAGGAGAGGACGACUUCAAAUCACUGCUGACAUAAAAAAUUAUGCUCUCACCGUGACCAUCAAGGAGGCUCGGAACUUGGUGCCAAUGGAUCCUAAUGGCCUGUCAGAUCCAUAUGUAAAGCUUAAAUUAAUUCCAGAUCCAAUGAAUGAGAGCAAGCAGAAGACCAAAACCAUCAAGUGCUCCCUCAAUCCAACCUGGAACGAAACCUUCAGCUUUUACCUCAAAGCUACAGAUAAGGACAGGCGUUUGUCAGUGGAGGUUUGGGAUUGGGAUUUGACCAGCAAAAAUGAUUUUAUGGGAUCAAUGUCUUUUGGCAUCUCUGAAUUGCAGAAACAAAGUGUCAGUGGAUGGUUUAAGUUGCUGGGCCAAGAGGAAGGGGAAUAUUUCAACGUUCCAGUCCCACCAGACGGAGAAGAGGGCAAUGAAGAACUGAGGCAGAAAUUUGAGAGAGCCAGGAUUGGCCCUGGAACUAAGAAUAUAGAUGGCUCUUCAAAAAAUGACAUCUUCAAAUACGAUGCCAAUGGCAACCAAGACUGCAUGAAACUCUCAGACUUCAACUUCAUCAUGGUGCUGGGCAGAGGCAGUUUUGGCAAGGUAUUUCUUGCAGAGCGUAAAGGCUCAGAUGAGCUGUAUGCAGUGAAGACCUUAAAGAAGGAUGUUGUCAUUCAGAAUGAUGAUGCUGAAUGCACUAUGGUGGAGAAAAGAGUUCUCGCUCUCUCUGGUAAACCACCCUUCCUCACUGAACUCCAUUCCUGCUUUCAGACCAAGGACCAUCUUUACUUUGUGAUGGAGUAUAUCAGUGGUGGAGAUCUGAUGUACCAGAUACAGCAAGUGGGAAAAUUUAAGGAACCCCAUGCUGUGUUCUAUGCUGCAGAAAUUGCCAUCGGCCUCUUCUUUCUCCAUUCAAAGGGCAUUAUUUACAGAGAUCUGAAGCUGGAUAAUGUGAUGUUGGACUCUGCAGGCCACAUUAAGAUUGCAGAUUUUGGCAUGUGCAAAGAGAACAUGUUUGAAUGGGCCACGACUAAAACCUUUUGUGGCACUCCAGACUACAUUGCUCCCGAGAUCAUUGCUUAUCAACCAUAUGGAAAAUCUGUUGACUGGUGGGCCUAUGGAGUUCUCCUGUAUGAAAUGUUGGCAGGACAGCCCCCUUUUGAUGGUGGGGAUGAAGAUGAGCUUUUCCAGUCCAUCAUGGAGCAUCACGUGUUUUACCCCAGAUCCAUGUCCAAAGAAGGAGUGGCCAUAUGCAAGGGGCUGAUGACCAAGCACCCAGGCAAGCGUCUGGGCUGUGGACCAGAGGGAGUGAGAGACAUAAAGGAACACGCUUUCUUCCGCUACAUGGACUGGGACAAACUGCUGAAGAAGGAAAUUCAGCCACCCUUCAAACCCAAAGCAUGCGGUCGAAACGCAGAGAACUUUGAUCCUUUUUUCACCCGCCAUCCUCCCAUCAUGACCCCUCCCGACCAGGAAGUGAUUCAAAACCUGGACCAAUAUGAAUUCCAGGGCUUCUCGUACAUCAAUCCUAAAUUUGCAUCUAUUUCAUCCAAGUAGUCAGUUUUAACCUAAUAUAACUAGCUCAUUAUAGAGACCAAUCGGAUAACAGACCUUAAAAUGGACCUAUGAGAGUGGUCAGCCAGACUGAUGGAAUGGAGCUAAUUUCUAUAUACAAUGUUAUACAAUAUUCCUCCUGCAUAUUCUUUCAAUUCAUGUUGCUUAAACCCCUUAUUUCGGGAAGGAUCAAGGGAAAUUUACUAACUUUGUAAAUGAGCUUAUAACAGAGUGAGUCUAUGAUGCUUGUAUAUCAUGUACUGUAAUAUUACAGGUCUUAAAAUCAAACAUAUCUGGGUGAAUCUCACUGUACCUUUUAAGAACAUGUCCAUGUCAGAUUUUGCCCCAAAAUCAAGAGGGGAAAAAAGAAAAAGAGAGAAUGUGGGGAAAAAUAUGCUUAAUAAAUAUUAAAUGUAAAUUAAUAAAAUAAAAUAAGUUUGUAAAUUGUUAGUGAAUGAAUCAGUAGUAUUUUUUCCCAGAACAGUAAUUAUAAUUCAAUUUUUAGCAUUACGGUAAUGAGUAUUGGUUAGGGAAAUGUGCUGAAUUGUCAUGAAAAUAAUGUCACGUUAGAAAAAUUGGGUUUUGCUAUAUACAGGUAUAGAUAUGAUAAAGAAAAAAAAUUUAUCUCACCGAUUUACCCAUUUGCCUAUGGUGGAAAAUUACUUUGGAAUAUCAGUUAUAGCUGCUUCGGUGUGGUGUUGUACGUGUUCUUGUGUGAAACUGUGCCAAGUCAGAGAUUAAAGUUUAGGAACUGGUAAUGCCAACUUGUAGUUUUCCAAUCAGUGCACAACUUAAACAAAGAUCAAUCAACUGGAAAUGAUAGUGAUGUGAUAUAACAUCUUUGCAACUGAUUUUCAGACAUGAUUAUUUUAACUACUUGCUUACAAGAACAUAUCUUUUUGUUAUUAUUCUGCAAAAUCUGUGAUGUAUGACUUUUUUGACUUGUUACCUGUGCCUAGCAGUGUUUAGAACAAACUACUGUAAAACUGUGGACAGACUGUUUCUAUAGAGGAAAAUAUAUGAAAUAUAUGUAUUUAGAAUAUAUUAAUGUUCUCUGUCUGUAUAUUUUCCUUCUCUGUGUUUAUUCUUGCACACUCGAAUAGUGCCAAAAAGUAGUCACUGAAUACCAAUGUUUUUAGAAUGCUUUAUAUAAUGAGUAGGGGCCGUACACACUGAGCAUGUUUUUGCCUCCAAUUGGGUUUUUAUUUUUUUAAUUAUUUUUUUUAUAUUAACAUAUGGUAUAUGGAUGUAAUAAACCAUUGCGCCAUGUCA